UAUUAUUAUAUAUUUUUUUAUUUUUUUAAUAUUUCUUUUCCCUGCUAGAUUAUGUAUUGCAUUGAACUGCUGUUGCUAAGUUAGCAAAUUUCACGUUACAUGCCGGUGAUAGUAAACUUGAUUCUGAUACUGUUUUAAUACCCCAAUCCAUAUCUGGUCUGUGACCAAAUGGGGAACCUGAGGUCUCAUAGUCCCUCAUGAGAUGAUCUGCUACUUGAAUUUAAAUUCCAAGUAUCUCUGAUAGGAGACCCGGUAUAACCUGUGACCAAUUGUCUCUGUCUCCUGUAAGCAUUGUGAUUGUGCUCAGCUCUGUGAUUCCAGGUGGAAUAAAAUAGAGAUUACAGCCUUGAAACAGGUCCUUCUGCCCAAAUAAAUGCUGUUCUAAAUGUCUCUGAGCUUGUCCGAUUUCACAGCUGCCCAACUAAAUGCUGUUCUAAAUGUCUCUGAGCUUGUCCGAUUUCACAGCAGCUUUUCCCAUGUUUCCCUUGCAGACUUAUUCUAUCUUUUUUCUUGCCCACAUCUUUUCUCAACUUUGUAAUUUUAUUUGUUUUUACUACCUCAUCUGGCUGCAUGGGUAAUUUAUACCCAUCACCUACCACGUGAAAAAGUGUAUAUACCACCUUCGGUCCAUUUUAAAUUUCUGCCCUCUGGUCUCAGACUCCCUUACCCUGGGAAAAACACUGUCUACACCCUGAUUAUUUUAUGUACAUGUGUAAGGUUUCCCUUCAAGCUCCCGUGAUAUAACCAGAUAACCAUAUAACAAUUACAGCACGGAAACAGGCCAUCUCGGCCCUUCUAGUCCGUGCCGAUCACUUACUCACACCUAUCCAAACUGACCUGCACUCAGCCUAUAACGCUCCAUUCAUUUCCUGUCCAUAUACCUGUCAAUUUUUACUUUAAAUGACAAUACCGAACCUGCCUUUACCACUUCUACUGGAAGCUCAAUCCACACAACUACCACUCUCUGAGUAAAGAAAAUACCCCUCGUGCUACACUUAACCGUUUGACCCUUAACUCUCAAAUCAUGUCCUCUUGUUUGAAUCUCUCCAAUUCUCAAUAAAAAAUACUAUCCACGUCAACUUGAUCUAUCCCCCUCAUUAUUCCCUAUCAAGUCCCCUCUCAACCUUCUAAGCUCCAAAGAAUAAAGAACUAACUUGUUCAAACUUUCCCUGUAACUUAGGUGGUGAAACCCAGGUAACAUUCUAGUAAAUAUCCUCUGCCUCUCUAUUUUGUUGACUUCUUUUCUAUAAUUCAGUGACCAGAACUGUACACAAUACUGCAAAUUUGGCCUCACCAAUGACUUGAGCAAUUUUACCAUUACAUCCCAACCCCCAUACUCAAUGCUCGGAUUUAUAAAGGCCAACAUACCAAAAGCUUUCUUCACCAGCCUAUCCACAUGAGAUUCGAAAAAAAAAAUAUUGAGGCUCCAGUCGGUCUUGAACUCACAAACUCGUGGUAUAACAAAACCAGUGCUCUAAUUCACAAUAAAAAACAAACAGCCCCAUCCAGUAACGUACUUGUCAAUCUCCUCCUUACUCUUUCGAGCUGAAUACCAUCCAUCCUCUAGAUUAACAAUUGCAACUGUUUGUAAAGCUCUCUCAGCGUGUCUUUAAGUUUAGCUACUAGAAAUGCACGCAAGACUCUUCAAUUGCCAAUGACUUGUAUAGUUGUUCCAUGACGAUCAUCAUCCAGGAGACGGGACGGGACCCAGGGGACCAGGCUUCAGGGGCUCAAUGUUAUGGUCAGUCUGUAACCCAGGGGAAUGGACAUUGUUCAUCACAAGGCAAUGGUCAAUCUUUGACCCAGGGGACUGGACAUUGUUCGUCUCAAGGCAAUGGUCAGUCUGUGACCCAGGGGACUGGACAUUGUUCGUCUCAAGGCAGUGGUCAGUCUGUGACCCAGGGGACAAGACAGUGUGUGACAAAGCAAACAGAGAACGUGUUACCUACAGGAUCGGACCAUGAGUAAUGCAAUGGCGUGUCUGUGUGUGACACAGGUGACUGGACAGUUUGUGAUCCAAGAGAUUUAUGUUUAUUUAUGCUUGAUGAUCCCAGUGAUAAUUCCCGGUAUCACCUGAUGCCGUUCCAUUAAUAACCGUUGGUUAUCAGGGCAUUCAACUAAUGCGUAUUCCGAUAACAGUAUUACUGUGUCUAUACACUUCUUUUUCUGGGAGUGGAUGUGUCCAGACACUGGUUUGUCGUGAUGGUCACCUAGCAGGAAGUGUGGUUCACAUUCACCAGCACAGUCCCACUCCAAAUCUAGUCAGUCAGAGUCUCGGCUUCAUUGCAGACACCCAUUGUGAAACCUUGUUCGAGUAUAAAUCACUCCGAACCUGCUAUUCAUCAUUCACUUCCGAUGGGAAAUUAAAGCGGGUACGAAAAGUAGUCAAGAGGUUUUUACUAGGCAACUCACCGAGGGAAGAUCAUCGGGACGCGGGAAGCAAGGUACCAAAACAGGGUCAGAUUGAGAGCAAUGUCACAAUGGAAUGUGACAGCCGCAGCGGAGGAGGAGCAAAGUCAGCCCGUAGACAGUUACGUCAGAGACACCGAGCAGGACCUUGGAAAUGGCACAAGCGAGGCGACUGCCUGUCAGCUCGGAAGCUCACUGAACACGGAGUUGUCAACUCCCAAACAAGAAGCGGAGCCAGAGUUUACAAUCUCCGACCUCCUGGCAGAGGGGGGCGAGUAUCGACUGUACCAGCUGACAAAAUUCUACAGGGACAGACUCAAACAAGCGAUUGAAGAAAAGGUUGAAAGACUCGGUUGGAUGUUGACAAAGGAGGGACAUUUCAGUAGAGAAGAAAAUGAGAAAGUCACUGAGCUGACAGAGAAGGGAAACCGGGCAGAGAGUUCCAGACUCUUCCUCAGUUUGGUGAUGGGCAAAGGCUCCCGGGCCCGGAGGGCGAUGUGGGAAUCCUUUGUGACAUGGAGGACUGAGUUACCGAAGUUGGACAGAAUACUGAGGGAAGUACAGGAGCUCGGUCCUGAUCCACAAGAAUACAUGGACAUCGGCCAAGUGUUAUCUGAGUUACCCUCUCAUCUGAUAGAUGUUCAGCAGAAACACAAGGAGACUCUGAGGGCACAAACUGAAACACUGAGAGUGAACACGAUCCUGAUGAGGGAGAAGGUGAAGGUUUUCAAGCUGGUUGAUCGAUACGCUGAGCUCACGGUCAUUUCUACUGUUCGAGAUCGGACACUGGUGGAACAUGAGCUGCUGGCAAGAGGCAGAGACCAUGAGGAAUUGAGAGAGAACCAUCUCCGCUGA